GGCCAUCGCGAUUACUUGCCUGCGCUUCCACAUGGCGGCCACCGGCACCAGGCAGCAGCAGCCGACGGCAACACCGGCGGCGGCGGUGGUGUACCCCAAGCUCGAGUGGGCGGAGAAGGAGGGCAGCUACGUGCUCCGCCUCACCCUCACGGGCUUCAGGAAGGACGACUUCCGGGUGCAGGUGGACGGCGCCGGGAGGCUCACCGUGCGCGGCGCGACCAGGCCGGGCGCCGGCGGCCCGGGCUCCUCCCUCCACAUGGUCUUCAAGCUGCCCGCAACAGCCAGCUUCGUAGACAUCGCUGGCCGCUUGAAGGCCGGUGUGCUCACGCUCACCGUGCCCAAGCGCGCCGCCUCCGACGGUGCGGCCAAGGAGCACGGUACGCCACCUACACCCAUCGAGGAGAUCAUCGAGGCUGCCAAGCCAACUACACCCGGAGGUAUGCGACGGCGACGGCAUGCAGCGCCUGGAAAGACCGCAUUGUAGGGGAUUUGAAGGGGCUGACACACAUGAAGUGGGCUGUGGGCGAACAAGGAGGUGGUCGCCGUCGGCAUCGCCGCCUUCUCGCUCGGCUUCUUAAUUUGUCCCUCGGAGGCUCUUCGGUACAUGAGCAGCAAUGCAUACGAAGGAGACCAUCUCACAUACGCCAACAGUGGAUACGUAGUAAUAUGUACAGGAUAUUAAAAUGUACAUUGACUCAACAACCAUGUAAGCUAGCGGUUUGUGUAAUUAAUCAAAGUGUGUAAAUUCAGACAACAAACAUGGACUCAA